CUACGAAUACCUCCCAUACAACAAAGCUUCAUGUAUUGACGGAUAGCAACCAUCUCUGACGAUUUUUUUGUACAUCCUCUCAACUCUGGCUAAGGGCAUAGGCAGUUCAACUCCUUCUCCAUACCUGCCUCUCGACCUAAUAAAGUCUUGCCAAAAGAAACCAAUCUCGACAAUCAACAUCGAAGAACCACUCUCGCCUCCCUCCACAGCCCCAACCGCCGCCAUGGCCGACCGCACCCUCCAACAAAUCCUCACCCAGCUCAAAACCCGGGGCCCCUCCCUCUCCUACGCCGACUCCCUCGCCCUCCUCUCCAAAGCCAAGCUCACCCUCCUCCAGCUCCACGCCCUGACCCCGUCCUCCUCCACCCCGGCCCACCUCCUCCCCCUCGCCCGCGAGACCUACGAGCAGGGCGCCCUGGCCUCCAUCCGCGCCCACGACCCGGACGCCUUCACCCACUACGUCCAGCGCCUGCAGCCCUUCUACGAGCUCCCCGCCGACGUCCUGCCCCCCAACGCCCCCGAGCGCAACAAGGUCACCGGCCUCUACCUCCUCCUCCUGCUCACCGAGGGCCGCUACGCCGAGUUCCACUCCGAGCUCGAGUCCCUCGCCUGCCGCGACUCGGGCGGCGACGAGACCGACCGCUACCUCGGCUACCCCAUCCGUCUGGAGAGGUGGCUCAUGGAGGGCAGCUACGACCGCGUCUGGAAGGCGAUCCAGAGCCGCGAGGUGCCUUGCGAGGAGUACGGCGUGUUCUCUGAGAUCCUCACCAGCCAAAUCCGCUCCGAAAUCGCCUCCAGCAGCGAACGCGCCUACCCAAGCCUACCACUGAGCUCCACCAAGUCCCUCCUCUUCCUCGACUCCGAGGGCGCCGUCGUCGAGUUUGCCCAGCACCGCGGCUGGGUCGUCCGCGACGGUCACAUCUACUUCCCCGACCCCGCCGAGGCCGGCGACGACGAGAGCGGGCGGCAGCAGAAGGAAGUCAGCAAGAUGAUCAUCGAGAAUACCCUGGGCUACGCUCGCCAGUUGGAGACUAUUGUCUAGGAGCUUACCUGUGGGAAGGGGGCGGGGGCGUCGGAGGAGAAAGAGAAAGGGACACGGUGCAUGACUUAGCGUGUUGUAUUAAUAUCUAGACCGCCGUCCUGGAUGGCAAGAGAAAAUACAGGUUUCUCAGACGUUGUGGUCUCUCAGACGUUGUGGUCUCUCAGCCAUCGUACGGAUACAUUUCCUAAAACUGGCACCUCAGUGAGGUAUUGACAAGCAACAUAACGUUCACACUUAUUUUCAACAUGCGGCAACAAUGCUAUGCAAAGUCAUUUUGCAUCUCAAACAACACUCAAAAGGCUACAAUAUACACAUCACCGCCACUUGC